AUGGGGACCACUGUCAAACUGAUCGAGGAUGAAAAUGGUGUAAAGUUAGAUCCAACACUAUACAGAAGCAUGAUUGGAAGUCUUCUAUAUCUCACAACUAGUCGACCAGAUAUUAGCUACAUUGUUGGGGUAUGUGCUUGGUAUCAAGGGAAUCCUAUGGAAUCCCAUGUGUCUGUUGUGAAGAGAAUCAUUUGCUAUGUUAAUGACACUCUGAGUAUGGAAAAUGACAAUGCAGAUGACAAGAAACGUACAAGUGGUGGAUGCCUCUAUCUAGGAAAUAAUCUCGUUUCUUGGCAUAGCAAUAAGCAAAAUUCAAUCUCUUUGUCAACUGCAGGCUGA